AUGAUUUCCAAGACGUGUUUAAUUGUAUUGGUUUUGAACGUAUUGGUCCGCAAUGCCGUCGGGACGUAUGGUAAGUAUCUGGCAAAUUGUGGUCCACUCGGGGGCCUGUAUGAUGGCAAAUAUGGAGGACACGGAGGGGCCCAACAGCAACAACAACAACAGCAACAACAACAACAGCAGCAGGCUGCCCUGGGUGGUUUUGGAGGCAUUGGUGGCUUUGGUGGGGGAGCCCAACAACAGCAGCAACAACAACAGCAAAUGGCCGGCGGUGGUCUGUGGGGCGGCAAACACGGAGGUCUGUGGGGCGGCCACGGAGGUAAAUAUGGCGGCCACGGAUGGGCACAACAACAGCAGCAACAACAACAGGCCGGCAUCGGAGGUGGUUAUGGUGGCCUAGGUGGCAUUGGAGGCUUGGGAGCUGCCCAACAACAACAGCAGCAACAACAACAAGCUGGCCUGGGUGGUUUUAGUGGUUUUGGUGGGGCAGCCCAACAACAACAGCAGCAACAACAACAAGCUGGCCUAGGUGGAUUUGGUGGCCUAGGUGGUCUUGGUGGUUUUGGUGGGGCAGCUCAACAGCAGCAACAACAACAACAGGCCGCCCUCGGAGGCAUACCAUACGCUGAGCCACCCAUCGGUGCGCUCAGGUUUGCUAAACCCAAACCCAUUCUAGAACCACAGGAUGAUAUUAUAGACGCCACAAAACCGGGAAACAGUUGUAUGCAAAGGGAAAUGCCAUUUGCAGGCACUGCCAUCACUCAGAGUGAGGACAGUCUUGUGCUAAACAUAUGGACACCAACUCUACCCACAGAUAAUGCAAAUAAAACAUCACUCAAACCGGUUAUGUUUUUUAUACACGGCGGAGGGUUCACUGUUGGCUCCAUUAAUGGCCACUGCGAUGGCGGACCACUGGCCACACAUGGAGUGGUAUUUGUGGCCCCGAACUAUAGGUUGGGUUACUUUGGUUUCUUAUACGGGGAUCGGGAGGACGCGCCCGGAAAUUUAGGCCUCUAUGACCAGCUGUUGGCACUCAAAUGGGUUAGAGAAAACAUUCAUCUAUUUGGCGGAGAUAGGGAUCAGAUCACCAUUUUUGGUGGCAGUGCCGGCAGUUGGUCCGUAUCGGCACAUAUUAUCUCCCCAUUGUCUAAGGGGUUGUUUAAGAGGGCUAUUAUGCAAAGCGGCGCUCAUAUGAAUUAUAAGGACAGGGAUGUGAUCAGUAAAGAUGAAGCCUUAGCCGAUGUCAAACGUUUAGCCAAAGAGUUGGGUUGCAGUGAAGACAUGGAUUGGAUUCAGUAUUUAAGGACAGUUGAGGCCAAGGAAUUAGUGAACAAAUCAAAAUCAGUGACAUUCCCGGUGUCGGGCACUGAGUUUUUGCCACUUUCUGCUCAAAAAGCAUUCAAAGAAAACCAAUUUUAUUCUGACAUUGAUCUAAUAGCGGGAAUCACUAGUAAUGAGGGCUCAAUCCUAUCGAGAAUGUUCAUACCUCCCGACAAAAAGGUAUUUACUUUGGAUGACUUUACGGCUGCGGUUAAGUCGUCGGACGCCAUGUUUCACGGCAUAGAUGUCCAGAAUGUGGUCGACAAUUACCUGAAAGGUGUGGACACGAGUAGUACACCGGCUCUGAAGCGAGCGUUUUAUCAAUAUUUUGGCGAUUUAUGGAUUAAAUACCCGACAUAUCUCUUCGCCCGACAAAUGGCCACAAGUGUUGGCAAUCGGCAUAACAUAUACUUCUAUGAACUGACGCAUCAAAACCAGUUGUUUGCCAAACAGUUUGGAUGCGAUGACAAAGACUCGUCUGUCGGACACGCGAUGGAAAUACCGUUUGUUUUUGGAAAGCCAUUUGUGGAACAGACAGUCGACUCUUAUAAUGAAACCGAUUGUCAGUUCAGUCGUGAUGUGAUGCGGAUGUGGACUAACUUUGCGAAAUACGGCAAACUGGACGACAAAUGGCCGCAACUGUUGAGUGAUCCGAAUGUACCGAAAGUGAAAGAUUUAAACCCCGACCCAAACCGACCCCCACUUCACGACCCGUACGGACACUACUAUAAUAACAUUUGGAAAUCUUAUUUUGAAUGA